AUGCAGCAUAAUAAAAUUGAAUCUAAUAAUGACGAACAUUCAAAAAAUGAUAUCACUUGUGAUUCAGCACUAUAUAAAAUUUCAAAAAAUUUGAAUGUUGAAUUUAUUACUCCACGGUCAAUAUCAAAUAAUUCAGAACGAUCGGAUUCUUCUAAUAAUAUAACUGAAGCUAUAAACGUGAAUGAAGCUGUUGAUUUAAAUGAACUCGAAGAAAAUGUUCCUAAUAAUAGACACGCAGUCUUAAAUGAUGACGUGUAUUUAUCCGUCAGAUCGAAUAAUAGUUCCGAGGAAACAAUACAAAUACGAAUUAAAUCCAUUUUCGAAUUAUGGAAUUUUUUUAUUUCGUACUUAAACACGGAACUUCUACGAGUAUUUCAAUCAAGUUCACGUGAUGUAAUGGGUGAGG